AUGGAAGUUCAUGUAUUGAGUUCUACAGUCAUUCCCCAAGGCCUGCCUCCCACCGAAAAUACCAAAAUACCUCUCACUGUCUUCGACAGGCUGGCACCAGGCAUGCAUAUCGCUGUGUUACACGCCUACAUGCCGCCGAUGCCAACAAACACCGCCUUGAAAGAUGGCUUAAAGAAGGCUCUAGAGCUCUUUCCUACUCUAGCGGGCCAGCUCGUAGAGAACGAUGAUCAUUGCCGUCCAUAUAUUUCACUCGGAGACAAUGGUGGAGGUGUUCUAGUAGUGGAGACGAAUGUGGAAUCGGAAUUAGUAGAUAUUUUGCCACUUGAGCCGUCGCCAGAGCUGGUGCGGUUUCACCCUCCAGUCGAUGAGGCUCGACACUUACUUCAAGUCCAGCUCAACCGCUUUUCAUGCGGCGGCCUAGUGAUUGGCUUAACGGCCUACCAUCGAGUGGCUGAUGGUAAAGCGAUUAGCUCAUUCUUUAUCGCAUGGGGAAAGUUGGUUCGUGGCCUCCACAUAGACAGCUUUCCGGUCUAUGAUCAAACCAUGCUAAUACCCCGGAACCCACCAAGAUGUGAUCAUGACCAUUGGGGGAUCGAUUUUCAGCCACUUCCACAACCACCAUCUUCUCUUCCUUCUACUUUUAAAUUGAAAAAAGUACACAACAUGAUGGUCCACUAUAGUGGAGAGUUCAUAUCAAAGAUCAAAGCUCAAAUGCCACGGAAACAUUCUACUUUUGACGUUUUGACAGGCCACCUUUGGAAGAACAUAACCAGGGCUCGUGGGCUUGAUCCUGAUACGCUUACUCAGAUCAGGGUGGCCGUGAAUGGACGGCCAAGAUUGUGGCCAGCCGCACCAUCGGAGUACUUUGGCAACAUGGUCGUCAACGCCUACCCAAGGGCGCGUGUGAAGGAGCUGACUGAAGGGAGUGUCGCCGAUGCGGCGCGAUUACUGCAUGAUGCAGUGGAUCGCAUCGGGGAUGGGUAUAUCCGGUCGUUGAUUGACUUCGGUGCGAUCAACGGUGGGGAUGUACUGGUGCCCGUUACUGAUUUGGAGGGGCCAGCUCUGUGCCCGAACCUGGAAGUUGUUAGCUGGUUAGGGUUUCCUUUUCGGGAAGUGGAUUUUGCGGAAGGAGGGAACUUAUGUGCUUUUGCACCUACGUGGGUCCCAGUGGAAGGUGUGGUGGUCUUGAUGCCUACGUUGCACGGGGUUGGUGAUGGUGGUGUGGAUGUCUUGCUCACCUUAUUUGAAGACCAUGGAAAGCUCUUCAGGCAGAUCUCCCAUUCCUUAGGGGUCGGGCAUGUUUUGGUGAUCGAGACCAUGGAUAUAAUGGAAUUCACACUGCAAGAAAAGGGUCUUUUACCAGCGGUGAAAAGCAUGAAAUACCGGAUAAAAGGUUUCCUCCAUAAUAUUCCUGAUUGGAUGAUGCCGAACGUUGAUCAAUUGGUUCCAAAUAAUUCGUUUAAGUAG